AUGAUUGGGACGACGGGUCCUGGGAUUGAGCUGCGGCCGAAAGGUCCGUCAGAAGAAGAACUAAUCUUCCUCCUCGAAAAGCAGGACGCCAUCCUCGAGACGUUAAUGGCCGAUGUGGGCGCGUGUCGUGGUGAGGUCGAAAAGCUGAGGAGCGAGAAUAUCUUAAUGCAACGCGAGGCGAGCUCGUCAAAGGAUGGGCAGCAUCAGACCAGCCAGCAACUCCACGAGGUCACCACGCAGCUUGAGCAGCAGAGGGCGCAAAAUGUUCAGCUACAAGCGGAAAUUUCCGAGUUGAGAAGCGACUCGACUUUCCUCAACCCGGUCGCCAGAAUUUUGCAAUUUGAGGAAAGGAUUAGAGAAUUGGAAUUCACCGUCGAGCGCCAAAAGCGAGCCCUCGAAUCGCAAAAGCACGAGCUGGCCGAGGAGACGCGUCAGAAGGAGGAGACGCGCAAGGAGCUGGAGAAAGCUUGGGCCGACCGAAAGGAACUUGCCGCCACGCUGAACUCCAAAAUGGAGCACAACACCAAGAAGGAGGCCAGGGAUCGGCUCGAAUUACUUGAAAAAUCCGGAAAACUCGAAGAGCGGGUGGCACGGCUGACGGCGGAGAAUGAGGUUCUCAAGCAGCGCGCCGAUCUAUUCGAGGCGCACAACGGAAAGCUGGCCGCGGAAAUUAAUGAUGCAAAAAAGGAGCGUCUCGUACUGCUAUCCCGCAAUGAGGUGCUCAACGAGGAAAAUAUGACGUUACGAACAAAGGUGCUAAAGUUAGGCAACGUCUCGAACACGGGGGAAACGUCGAAAGAAGUGGCUGCCCUCCAAAAACUGGUCGGCGACCAGGCCCAUUUGAAUUCUGCGUUGCGGGAAGAAUGCCGGUUGUUGACGGACAAGAUUGAUGCCGAGAGGAGGCAUUUUAGAUCCGAAUCAAAAGCCCUGAGAAAGGAGAAGCGAGACCUGGAGCUCCGUCUCGAACGCCUUCUCAUGAUCGGGGAUAUUGAUACGAAUAAAUCU